AUGACUUCGAAAAAGAAAAAAGGAGAGGGAAAAUCGGGGGAGUCAUGGGAAAAAGGAGAGGAGAUCUUUCAAGGCGUUAUUCUCACGGAUAGUUUCAACUUCAGAUUCUUACCAGUAACUCUUGAAACACCCAGGGUAAGUGAAGUCAUUGAAUGUACAUGUCACGUGUGUUGUGACUUUCGAUUUAUUUUGAUCUGGUCAUAAAUUCAAUUUGUUGGAAAUCGAUUAAGAAGAAGCUGGGAGGGCUGCGGCCUCCCAUCUUGCGGUGAGGUUUCCGUAAUGGCUCAUAUUUUAUUAUGCAUACAUAUAUAUUACAAAGAAAACAUUGGCGGAAACAUAAGUUUACCUUUCGGACGGGUGCUUUGAUUUAGAGUAGUAUGGGGUUAUACGGAAAUCACUUCGAAUCACCUAUGGGGGGUUUCAUUCAUGAUUCUUCUAGCUUUCUUUUACCUUUCAUGACUGAAAUAUUAAGGAUACCUGCCUUAAUAGAGAGGGAAUUAGGUGUUAACUUGGAAUAAUUAUGAAGGCGGUCAGUAAUAGCUUUUAAAAAGCUGUUUAAGCCAUAACAGACGUUUAAUGUAAUAAGUCGAGUUUCCUGAUUUGAGUUUGACAAGAAGAAAUUAUGAUGUAUGGAGAGAAUAACACUCAAAGCACAUUUGAAGGGAAGAGAUCACAUUUGAAGGGAUUAGAGAUCAUGAGGAAUAGGUUUGGAAUAGGUGGUAGACUUUUUCUUUUUUGCCCUUUAACCCCCAUGAUCUGAUUGUUAAUUCUCCCCUCUCGCUGUUACACAUUGCCUUGUAAAUUAGUUACAAAAUUCGCUUUAGAUCAAGACAACAACUUUUGCAUAAUAAGUCUGAGUAUUCUUGUGACCUGUUUGCUGGGUAAUGAAUGAUGAAUGGAUAUUAAAUGAAGAAGUUACAUGUUAAUCACUUCUGUUUAUGUAAGGGUUUAAUGCUGGUUAUGUCUUGAUGAUCACCAUAGGCCUUGUUACCAUUGGUCAAUGUCCCUCUUCUGGAUUACACCAUUGAAUUCCUUGUGGAGGCAGGAGUACAGGAAAUCUUUGUUUUCUGCUGUGCACAUGCUGACCAGAUCAAGAAACAUUUAAGGUCUGUAGAGUUAUGACAUGCUUCCAAUAGCUAUACUUCAUUGAAAAAAAUCAUGUGCUUGUAGUUUGAUGAUUGUAGCCACUGCUUGUCUUUUUAGCGGGCUGGUGUACUAAAAAACUGGUAGCCUUUUGUUGAUUCUCUUGUACAAACUGUCACUGUAAUAUAUAUUGUCUAUGUUCUAGCCAGUCGAAAUGGACCAGUUCAAGGUCACCCUGUGAAGUGAAAACAAUUGUUGCAGAAGACUGCUUGUCAUUGGGUGAUGUUCUUCGAGAAAUUGACAGACAGGUUUGAUGGCAAAAACAAAUUCUGAUGAUUUAUCUUUAUCUUUAAUUUAAUCUACUUAUCUUUAAUAUACCUGAAGCAAGAUGAGUUAGAAGUAGUUGAUGGGUUCAGAUUUUCAGCUUGAGAUAUGUUUUCCUUUAUAAUUUUUACUUCCAUCCAGCUGUAUAUGAAAAAAUCCAGUUUGGUCAAAAUUUGAAGCAGACAUGUUCCAAGGGUUUUUUAAAUAUACUAUUCAAAGUUCACUGAUGCAUAUGUAUUUGCCAAGUGCUUUAAAUUUAAUCUCCAGGGAAAAUGGCUGAUAUACCAGUCUGAUAUACCAGAUAUUAGUGAUUUUAUAUUUUGAUCACUGUGAUCAGGAGAAGUUAUCAUUUCUGCACCAGGCACUCUUGGCAAAUUUUGCUGAUCUAGCAAUUGGCAUAUAAAAUAAUGCCAAGUGUGUCCUGUGGGCUUUAGCAACAGAAAAUUUUUCCUGGCAGUAGGUGUUCUACUUUUAUUUACUUUAAGAGCUGAUAAAAAUACAGUUAACUUGAACUGUUGAUUCAAAUUUUUUUUUUGUUUGUUUUAAAAGUCUCUUCUUAAAAACGAUUUUGUGUUGGUGAGUGGUGAUGUGGUAUCAAACAUGAAAUUGGAGCAAGUCUUACAAGAACACAAGUAAGUCAACUUCAGUCCAUGCUGUAGUAUCAGUACUGUCAGUAGUUUCAUACAUCUUCAUGUAUAUUUAGAAAUGAGGUACAUGAAUUUUGUAUCAAUUCUAGAGAAAGAAGAAAAAAGGACAAAGCUUCACUGAUGACAAUGGUAUUCAAAGUUGCUAAUCCAGGACAUAGAACAAGGUAAGUAUCCAUCUGGAUUUCUUAUUACCAUUUUAUGUUUCCUUGACUUCAACCAAGUGAUAAAGUUAGUGGUGUAAUGGUUAGUGUAUUAGAUUCCUUUUUUGAGAGGUCCAGGUUCCAGACCUGGCUGAGUCACUUCUUUGUGAUCUUACAUAAAGCGCUUACUUUCUCAGUGCCUCUUUCCACCUAGGAGUAUGAGUGGGUAUCAGGGAAUUGUCAGGGAAGCCUGUGUAAUAGUAAUACUCCAAGUCCCGUCAUGCUAUGCAAACCAGGAUUAUUAACUCUGGUUUCCUACCUUCUAACUUUAGCCACUCUUAACUCUUUAACCCUUAGGAGUAACUAGCAUCUAAUUUCUCCUUACAAUAUCACCCUUGAAUCAAACAUUAAGGUCAUGAGAAUAGAGGAAAUGAUCACCAACUAAAGUAGCUCUUGAUUAUUAAACAAAUUCUCUUUGUCAGCACCUCAGGAAAUGUAUAAUGAGUAGUAUGGAGAACAUGGAUACUGAUGUUAGGGGGUAAAGGGUUGAUACAGGAGUGAGUGCUUCCAGUGGCUUAAUUAUAUUGUGCUAAGUUAUGUCUUAAUUAGCUUCAAAGGUGGGAUGUGUAUGGUCCAGUUUCAAGCAACAUUUUGGCAGUGAUUUAGUCAUAAAAUUGCUUCUAAAUUAAAUUUUACACUUGCUUCAGAUGCCAAGAGGAGGACUUCAUAGUUGCUUUAGAUUCAACAACAGGUAGAAUUCUUCUGUGUGAAAAAACAGCAAACAAAAAGAGAUUUUCAUUUCCGUUGGUAAGUGUGGAUAAACUCUAUAUCUUUUCCUUUAAUUUUGGUAUUGCAAAUAUCCAAAAAAACAAUAACUGUAAAUAUCAAGUGGUCUUAUUGUUUAUUGUUGUGUAUCAGUUCUUUAAUUUAUCACAAUUUCUCUGUCUUUGCUUCUCUUUCAGAGUUUAUUUUCAGGUAACAACAAUACCCAGAUCAGAUAUGAUCUCCUGGACUGUAACAUUUGCAUAUGUUCAACUACAGUGAGUUGAUGUCUAUUCUGUGGUAGUUGUUGUUGUUGUUUUUGUUGUUGUUUUUGUUUUUUCUCUAUGAAUUGAACAGCUCCCAUAAAAAUUUCAAUUUGUUUCUUUGUAUUCAUAAUUUUCUGUUUAUCAGGUUCCACAGUUAUUUACUGACAAUUUUGAUUAUCAAACCAGAGAUGAUUUUGUUAGAGGAAUUCUUGUAAAUGAGGAGGUAAGCACGAUAAAAUAAAAGUGCAUUUUUAUGGAACUUGAAAGUGUAAGUUAAGUUAACCCUGUAACUCCCAUGAGUAACCAAGAUAUAAUUUCUCCUUAAAAUAGAAUACAGUAUGAAGCAGAUAAGUGAUGAGAAUGUAGAAAAUAUCAAUCAGGGGUGAUUAGUCGAUCCAAUAACAAACUCUCCAAGGUAAAAUGAUAAGAAUUAUAUGGCAGACAGUAAGCAGAAUUACUAGGUAAGAGCUUGGGAGUGGAAGGGUUAGUGAGCAGAUGUAGUCUUGAUUCAAAUCUGAAAAAUUGAUCUUAAGAACUACAGUCUUCUAAGUCAUUUUAAGUAAUUUCUUUUUUUUUUUCCUUUUAGAUCAUGGGUAACCAAAUUCAUUCAUACAUAAUCAGUGACAAGUAUGCUGCUAGAGUGUCCAACCCUUACAUGUAUGACACAGUCAGGUUGGUAAGAAAAGUGUCCAUCACCGUGUUUAUUGACAGUUUGUUUGAUUUGUUAAAUAACAAUGUUUUCUUCAAGAAUUUGAUCUCCACUUUGACCUAGUGACCAGCAUACUUUUUUGUAAAACUCCAAUGAGAUACUUAAGUGUAUUAAAGAUAUACUGCAGUUGGAAUGUUGGAUAUAUUUUUGAGGCAAUUUAAAGUAAAUUUGAAUCAAAUCCAAGGGUGAAUAUUGUAAAUACUAUUCCGAGGUUCUCUCAGGAAACAGUAGUGUCUGUAAGAGUAUUGUUCACGAAUUCAUCAACAAACUCAACAAAAUUACACACAGUGCAAAAUGUUUAUAUUGUAAUUUUACUGUUUUUAAUUUUUGUCCAAUAGCAAAGACAUUCUUAGUAGAUGGGCCUAUCCAAUAGUACCUGACAAUAGUACAUUUUUCAUGGACUACUCCUACUCAUUCAGAAGACACAAUGUUUACCUUGACAGUGAGCUCUCACUUGCCAGGUAGGUUAUAAACUUGUACUUAUCUUACAUGUAUUUAAUUAUUUGCCCCAUUCAUUCUCAUUACACUCUGCCUUCUAAUAAACUAUAUGAAAUUUCAGCAAGCUUAAGUUUACAUUUUUUCCAUCUUACAGGAAUUGUGUAUUAGAGGAAAAUCUUUUAAUUAGUAAGGGAACCUCAGUAGGUGUUGGAACAGUGAUCACAAAUUCUGUUAUAGGUAGAAACUGCAUUAUAGGUGAGGACAAAAUCUUAUUACAUUUGUUUGUGGCUGUUCCUUGUAAAGCAUUUAGCUUUUCCCAUGGACAUUUUGCAUAUGUGAUAUAUCAUAUAAAAAAAUUGCUUACAUUGUUAAAAAAAAAACUUUAAAUUCACCAAUUACUUCCUACUGUCAGCAGUUUAGUGUGUAAUUUUUGUCUUGAAUGUUUUUUGUUAGGAUUAUGACAUUGUUUCACUUUCUUUCCUUAUUAACUAAUUGUCCACACUGCACUGUACUUUAACUUCAACUGACUGAUUGAGCGAUUGAAUGAUUUUCAGGUGAUAAUGUUAAACUAGAUGGUGUUCAUCUCUGGGAUAAUGUGAAAGUAGAUGAUGGAUGUAAUAUUUCAAAAUCAAUUCUGUGCAAAAAUGUGCAUAUCAAAAGGUACACAAUAGCUGAACAAUUUGACGUUGAUGAAAUAUUUAGUUUCUUGUUUAAGAAAAAAAGAGUGAUGAAAUAUGUUGAUGUUAUUUUUGUAUCUCACAUGAAUUUAAUUGCAUUUGUACCAUGUACACAAAUGAUUUUACAAUCUGCAGUUAUCUUAAUUUUUGUUCACUUUCUUUCUGCCCUGUGCAUAGGAAUGUAACAAUUACUGGGGGAUCAAUUAUUUCAUUUAAUGUAAGUGAUAUGCCAAGUUCUCUUUAUCCUAGUUUGGUCACUUUUUUCUCAAAAGUUAUUUGAAGUACAUGUUCUUAGUUCAUGUGCCUUUUUGGCUCACAAUGUACAAAAUUACUUGGUAACUAUUCCUAAUUGAAGUAUUCUAGUAAAUAAGUUUAUCCCCUUGACUGUGUACAUUGUAAGACAAUCUCUUUAUUGUCCAGUAAAAAUUAAAAGUUUGUCAGGGGCAUAGCCAGGAUUUUUCAAAGCAGGAAGGUCACACUAUGUCAAACAGAGGGUACUCACCAGUUUUUGCCACCUGAAUAUUAUAGGUUGUUUACCCAAAAAAGGCUUACAAAGGAGGUGGGGGGACCCACAGGCACCCCAGGACCCUCCCUAGCCAUGCCCUUGUUUGUGUUGUACAUGUACAAACAAACCAAAAAAUUUUAUUAUUGAUAUUUAGGUAGUGGUUGGGCCCGACUUAGUUCUCUCUCCAGGAGUGAAAAUAACACUGAAGAGAAAGACUGAGGAUGAAAAAGAAUUUGGAAUGGAUGACCUAUCCCUUGAUGAAAAACCAGUUGCUGAACAAAAUGAUGGUCUGUUGGUUUGUUAUUUUCUGUAACUGUGUUCUAACUUGUGUUCUUGUGUAAAGGAUGUUACAUUCUGCAUUUAGCAAUUAUUAACUCUUAAAAGUGAGCUGAAUCUUUCUCAAAGGCCUGAAGUUAGUUUGCAGCUAAAUAAAACUUUGAUUAUUAGAUCAUUAUUAGAAUGAGAAUUACAUCUAAAGCACAAACUGAAAUGUCCAAAAGAUUGUUAGCCAUUGUUUGAAGUCAUCUGCUAAUAACCAUGUAACAAGGUCAUAAGAAAAUACAGCAAAAACAUAGAAAUAAUUAGUACUAUAUACAUGUAUGUACAGUUAUUGAGCACAGAUACUUGGUGUAUGUAAAGAUGUAAAGAUGAUCCUUUUUAUAGAGUUUAAUCCAGAGGAGGUUGGCAGUGAAGGACAAGGACAUGUGUGGAGACCUGAUGUAGAAUCUGAUGAUGAAAUGGAGCAAGUACAAGAUGUGUGGGGUGAGAGAAAAUAUUUAUGUGACACAUACAGAUACUUCCUCAAGUCCUCAAUUUACUUUUGUCAACUCAGGACACUAGGGUUACUAUGAAAAUUAUCAAGGGACUGAUGAUAUUUGUCUGCAGCUUGGCUGCCAAUGAAUUAAGUGCAGUGUCCUUACACGAGCUUGUGGUAUAAUCAAACUAAAUUUUAGGUUUUUUUUCCUGUAAGUUGGUGUGACAACGUACAUUGUAUUGUUUUUUUCUGGCACCCAAUUGUCAUUGGCAUACUUCAUGUGAUAUUCAAUGCAACUGAAAGUACACUAUUUGGUAUCGAUUAGGGCUUGAUAGAGUCAGUUCAAGUGAGGAUGAAGUGAGCUCAAUUUCCAGCCAAGAAGGAACCCCCCCUGGCAGCCCACUACCUGAGGAGGACAGCAGAUGUAAGUAAUUCUUACAAGACUCGAUAGAGCUGUAAUGACUGGGUACCCUGCAAUGAUUUGUCUGAUAUGGGAAGAGGGUGGGGUGGGAGGACUGUGUAGUAGGACCUCAGGUUGAGGGGUAAAAGUGGUAAGAGAAGAUUUAAACUCGUAAUGCUGUCUCCUGCUUACUGAUUCCGUGCGUGGGACUAUUGUCUCCUCAGAAUUAUUUACAACUAAACGAGGAAAUAGUAUCUUGUUUCUCUCUCUGUUGCCUCUCGCUCCUCUUUGAAUCGAAUACUCACCAAGAAAAGUUAAAAUGCGUACACCUCCAGCUUAGCGAGUCCUGCGGUUAAGACUCUCUUGUGCUUUACUUUCACUUCUACGUUUUAUGUUUUAGUGUUUUACAAUGAAGUCCUAGAGUCCAUACGACAUGGUGUUGAAGAUCAAGUGGAUCCAGAGAACCUUAUAUUGGAGAUAAAUGCUUCAAAGUAAGUUGACUGUGUAGACAUGAGCAGACUUUCAGAUGAAACCGACACUGAAUCUCGUUCCUGUGCAGUAUAAUCGUUACUAUAUAAAUAUACACUUCGUGCUUUUAGCACGCCCUGCCCUGCCCUCCCCCUCUCCUUUUCCCUUCAUUACUUUUUGUUAUUUUCUUUAUUUGCAUAACGGAUAUUCAUGGGACAAUAACUUUAUCUUACUGCAGGUUUGCAUACAACGUGACCUUCCACGAACUAAACCAAGCUGUGGUGAAAUCUUUGCUUGAAUCUUCACUUCACGAUUCUUCAAUGCAGAGGCAAGAAAUGUCUAAAAAUCUUAAAAAGGUAAGCUGACUACGAAACGACCUCUUCCGCUUCUCAUCUCCAUUAUCAUCGUGUGAAAGAAGUCGUUUUCAGUUGGCGAAAUCCUUUUUUUUCUCAGGCUGUAGAUCAUCUGUUACCGAUGAUUUUGAACUACAUAAAGAAUUCUGAUGGGCAAAGAGACGUAUUGUACGCAACAGAGGUUGGUUUUGUCUUACUUUCGUUUAGAAAAAAAUUCAGUUGUGUCGAAAGUGAUUCGAUAUUUCGUUCUAAUUUGAUUUUAUCAACUGAGUUGAGAAUGUAAAUUGCCCCCAUAGAGAGUUUCUAAAGCUGACGUUUUGAGUGCUUGUCCUUCGUCAGAGCGAAAGAGCGAUAUUGCAUUGGUUUUGCUUUACCUCGCUUUGCGAUUGGUUCAAAAAACUCGUGCUACUCCCUCAACCAAUCAGAUGCAAAACUAAAACCAACUCUGACUUGGUCGUUCGCGUUUUCCCGCGCUUUAGGUAGUUUGGCUGUUUUUACUUUGAGUUCUCAUUGGCUCUCAAAGAUAUUUUGCUUUCUUCUGAUUGGCCAUUGUGAUUACUUCGGUUUUGGUUUUUAUAAAGCGCUCCAUACGAAAUGUGAAUUGUUUGCUAAUAUACCCGUCUGCAGCUCUUCUUGGUGACAGCAGUGUUGUAAUUAUAUCACCCUCGAGGUGCUCUCGAUCGAAAAGGAAAACAAAGUGAAUCAGACGCAGACUUGCAAUGUAGCUGUAAUGUUUUUUAGUUACAUGAAGUAACGAUAUAAUUUCGUUUUUCUAUAAAACGAGUAUUCACAGAGUAAAAUAAGAGAAGUUUUUAUAUCUUUGUGGCCAGGAAUUUUUUGUGCAAGCCAUGUGGGCGUCUCCACUGUGUCAGACGUUUCUUCACCUUCUCUACGACAAAGAAAUCCUGGAGGAAGCCUUGAUUCUUCAGUGGUAUUCUCGCAAACCAACGGGUGGAGAGGACGGAAGCUUUGAACCGCAGCGGAAACUAUUGCGGCAACAAGUAAGUUAAUUUUGUUACUUGAUGCGUGUAACUGUUUAUUUAUUUUGCCUUUUCCGCGGUGAUAUGUCCCUAACUUUGCCUUUGUAUCUCUCCUCCGCUUUGUGUUCAUUAAUUUUAUUCCAAAUUCUGUACCAAACACUACACUACUCUUGAGAAACUACCUCAGCAAGGUUUGCUGUCUAUAAUGACGUUUUCACUGAAUCAUAAUAAUACAAACCAAAGGAUAGCGAAGAAAUCUCCAGUGGUGGUAUGCUUAUGUUCUGUUUCUCGCAGAUUUCUCGCUUUAUCACGUGGUUACAAGAGGCAGAGGAGGAGAGUGAUGAUGAUGUUGACGGUGACGAAGGGGAAUGAAACAUUUUAACCGUAAAGAGUCGUCCAAAAAGAUAUAAAAAAUAAACUUUCCGUCUGUAUUUUCUGUGUAGUCUUUUUCGUCCAAGCGCCGGUCCAUACACUUGCUGUUUAUUCCGUCCGUUUCCCAUCUUUGCCUGUGCACCAUGGUACACCUUCAUUCUCCAGAAGUGUUUCACAUGUAACUUCUCAUAACUCGUUGUUUGAAAAUGUACAUGAGUUGAAGGGAGAAUUACAAAUUAUUUAGUGGGAGUUGAAUGGUUAAAAGUUGUCAGUUCUGAGUGAACUGUGAACUCCCGAGACAAGUGUUGUUUUGAUAUCAUAAUGAACGCUAAGGUACUGAAAAGAAUAUUGAAAAUAGUACAGUCGCAUUUAUUGAAACAUUGGAAAGAACUUAGUUUACCUGUAGCUAAAUGUGAAUUUUAUUAUUACAAUGUAACAUCUUGAUUUUCUCGUGACAAUAUCAUCCUCCUAAAUAUUCGGAAUUUAUGUAUUUAGUAUUGAAGUUUCAUUCUGAUUUCUUUUCAAAAUAAAUUUGUCUUGGUCUGUUCCAAACCUCUCGAAGUUCUGUAAAUAGAGAAUACUUUUCGUGUGAUGCAUUCUGCGGAAAUCGUCC